UUUCACAAGUCUGGGGGACAUUUGAGGCCACGGUACAGAACUCUGAAGAACCAGAACAGGAAGCCAGAACACGAAAGAGGACAAUGGCAGACCUACUGAAACCUACCAAGUAUAUUGAUAGAGACAUCAAACCAAUAAUGCAACCGUAUGGUAACUGGGUGAAGUACCUGGUACCUGCCCCAGACGCCAUAGCCAUUCUGGGGGUGCUGGUCAGAAUCUCCAAUAAUUUAGAUUUCUCCAUCAACAAAAACCCUCCAAAAGAUGGUUUUCAGUACAUCAAGUACCCAGACUCAUUCUCUGCCUGUCUUAUGGAAGUGGUUCAUUCUGGAUGGGCGGCAUUCAAUGAGGCUCACAAGAACAUGGACCAGAUCCGUCUCCACACUGGCAAUGUGCCAGCUUACAUUGAAAGGAUGUUAUUACAGGACAGUGAUGAGUGGCGCCAGAAACUCCUCCCUGUCACAGUGGAAGACAUGUCUUCUAUAUCUGACGAAUGUGUAAAAUUGGCUGAUGAAACAGAGAAAAAGUUCACCUUUGUUAUUAAUCUGAUCCAAGAACUUUUAGAAGCUUGUAAAAGUGCAAAGAAGGUAUAUGGUAGUGAUCUGGAGAAUGUUGAACGUAAAUGUAAGGAGCUAGAAAUUGAGAAAGAGGCAUCAAAUCUAGCUACUGAAAGAGCCCAGAAAAUGUUUGAUUACGUAAAUGAACAGGUAGCAGCAGCAGAGAUUAAUUUUGAUGAAGCAAUUAAAAAAGUACCAUCUGGAUGGAAAGUGUUUUCUAUGAACCUGUCAGAUGCAUUUAUAGAUGGUAUGUUAACAAUUUUGUCUUUACUGACAAGGAUGACUGCAAAGAGCAGAGGUCAAAUAUGUAAUGUAAAUGUUAGAAAUACCAUAGCUGGUUCUCAGGAUGCAACAGAUGAAAGUGAGGAUACCCUUGCUAUGUGUAAUAUACUCACCAAAGCAAUACUGCUUCUGAAGCUGACUGAAACACUAAACAGCUUCAUUGACAAAGAGGAAAUUAAAUGGUCUGAAAUAUAUGAUGAAAAUGAAAAUAUGGCAAAGACAUUAUACCUGGGGGAACAAUAUAAUCAGGUAAAAACCUCAGUGGAGAGUGAGAAAAACUGUAAAGCUAAAAAGGUCGCACUUGACAUCUGCACAGACGCCAUUAAACUGUGCUCUGAGCUCACUGAGAUCGCACCUGAAGGGAAAUGCGAUGCUGUGAAGACAAAAGCCAUGAUUGGAAGAAUGCAGAGUCUGUUGAAACGGUGUCAGAUAUUUGACUGUGAGAACAAAGCCUUCACAAUCACACCAGUUUUUACUCCUGAACCCCCACAGCAAGCUAAGAAAAGUGGCAAAAAACGGGCAGGUGAUAAGGCGGUGGAAAAUGCCCACUUCCUGAACUUUUUUACUCCUGAACCCCCACAGCAAGCUAAGAAAAGUGGCAAGAAACGGGCAGGUGAUAAGGCGGUGGAAAAUGCCCACUUCUGCAUAGAGCAGAGACAAGCCCAGCUGGACAAGGUGAGAGUGAAGCAACAAGAGAGUUUGGAAAACCUGGAGAAAAACCAGAAAGAGCUGACAGAGAUCUUAACAACACUGGAAAACUGUAAGGUGAAAGAGGUUGACUUCAAAACCACCAUUGACAUGCUGGUCAAAUAUCUAGAUGCCAUGGGAAGAGAGUGGGAGAAGAUCGUACGCUUCUUUCAGAUGAUCUCAAACACUGUGAAAACCUGCCUGGAUAGGUCUCUGAAAUUUUUUUCCAAACAAUCUCAGAACCUUUCUCAAAAAGACAGGUUUAGGCUGAUUACUGACAUGGUUAUGCAGGCAUUACUUGUAACCAGCUUCAUUAACAAAUUGUCAGAGACCUACUUUAAUUUUUCUGAAAAACACCUGAUGGACACAAUCAGCAUUCUGGGAAAACCUAUGGGUCUGGAUCCUGCCAGCCCAGAUUUUGAAAGGGAAUAUAAAAUAUUUCGGGAGACUUGUAAAAAAGCUGAAGAUGCAAUAAAUGAGCUUAUGAUGGAUGAACAAAGAAACUUACUCCCAACUUUUUAGGAUGAAAUAACUGAAAUCACAGGUUUCACAUUUUAAAAAUGAGUCAGGAGGAUGAAGAUCAUGCAGUUUGUAUGGAAGGUUAUGGAAAACCAUGAAAAAAAUUAUUACGACAAAACGCAUAUUUGAUUAACAAACAUACACAUGCAUGCACACAUAUAUACACAUAUUAACAUUAAUGUAUUCAUAGAAAAAGUAUAUCUGCUCUUGUUUUGAUUCAUUGCUAAUACAGUGGUACCUCAGAACUCUAACUUAAUCCGUUCAGAAC